AUGGUCGUGCGCUCGGGCGUCCCUCUCGGGCAGGCGGUCGCCGCGUCCCUGGGAGUCGGUUGCGCGGAGCCCGCGGCCUGUGCGCGGCGGCCGGUCAGCGGGAGCGGCUGGGGUGAUCCGCGGGCCCCCCGGCGGCUGCACGAGGCCUCGGGCCGGGAACAGCUGCGGCGGGCGCGGCUCGCCCACGGGGACAUGGGGACAGCGCUCACCGCGGCCCGAGGGGGCCGCCUCGCCCCAGGGAGGCCCCCGCCGCGGGGCAGCGCGGGCUGGGGCCGGCCAUGUGCCUCCAAGGUCGAAGGCGGGGCCUGCGAGGAGCCGCAGCCUGGGUCGGCGGUGGUGGGCAGCGGGCGAGGCCAGCGCUGCCGUGGCCGCUGCCCUGCUGGGCAGUCGGUUCCGGUGGUCCAGCUGCUUCGAGGUGGCCUUCGUGUGGACGGCCGCACAUCUCUGGCCCGAGGCGGAGGUCCUGGUCCAGAGUCCAGGGUCCUCCUGCUGACCUGGGCUGUUCCUCUGGCCACCGGCCGCCCCCCAGGCCUGGGCCCCGACGAACAGAAGCCGUCUCCGCUGGUCAAGAGCCCCAGGCAGCGUCUCACCAUGGACGUGGAAGACGAAGAGAACAUGAGUAAGGCCGGCUGCCCGGCUCAGCCGCCCCGCGGGGCUCUGUGGGCUGGGGGCGCCCUGCGCUGGGGCCGCCCACAGAAGCCGAGUGCCUGGCAGAGGCCAGCACGAGCGUGUGCCCAGGACACAGCCCCUGCGUCUCCCAGCCUGGCCCCACAGCGUGCGAGCCGGGUGCCCGUGGCUGCCUGUGCCGAGGCCGAGUGGGCUGAGUCCCGGGGCCGGGGUGGGAGGUUCCAGCAGCACAGGGGCCGAGGAGCCCUGCGGCCCGGGCAGCGGGCCCCCCGGGGCAGCGGCGCCCCGGGGCCCGGCGAGGGCGCCCCGCUCUCCAACGGGGGCGGCGGGGGCAGGAAGCGGCCCCUGGAGGAGGGCAGCAACGGCCACGCCAAGUACCGCCUGAAGCGGAGGAGGAGGGCGCCGGGGCCGGCGCUGCCCAAGAACGCGCUGAUGCAGCUCAACGAGAUCAAGCCCGGCCUGCAGUACACGCUGCUGUCCCAGACGGGGCCGGUGCACGCGCCCCUCUUCCUCAUGUCCGUGGAGGUCAACGGGCAGGUGUUCGAGGGCUCUGGCCCCACCAAGAAGAAGGCCAAGCUGCAGGCGGCCGAGCGCGCCCUGCGCUCCUUUGUGCAGUUCCCCAACGCCUCGGAGGCGCACCUGGCCAUGGGCCGCGCCCCGUCCGCCCACACGGACUUCACCUCGGACCAGGCCGACUUCCCCGACGCGCUCUUCAACGGCUUCGAGACCCCCGACAGGACGGAGCUGCCCUUCUACCUGGGCGCCAACGGGGACGCCCCGCUCAGCCCCGGCGACCUGGGCCUGGCUGCCUCGCCCGCGCCCGCCGGCCUGGCGCAGCCGCCCCCGCCCGUGCCGCCGCCCUUCCCCCCGCCCAGCGGCAAGAACCCCGUGAUGAUCCUGAACGAGCUGCGGCCGGGCCUCAAGUACGACUUCCUGUCCGAGAGCGGCGAGAGCCACGCCAAGAACUUUGUCAUGUCCGUGGUGGUGGACGGCCAGUUCUUCGAGGGCUCUGGCCGGAACAAGAAGCUGGCCAAGGCGCGGGCCGCGCAGUCCGCCCUGGCGACCAUCUUCAACCUGCACCUGGACCAGACGCCGUCCCGCCAGCCAGUGGCCAGCGAGGGCCUGCAGCUGCACACCCCUCAGGUGCUGGCAGAUGCCGUGGCCCGCCUGGUUCUGGAAAAGUUCGGUGAUCUGACGGACAACUUCUCCUCCCCUCACGCCCGCAGGAAAGUCCUGGCCGGAGUCGUGAUGACCACAGGCACCGAUGUCAAGGACGCCAAGGUGAUCAGCAUCUCCACGGGGACCAAGUGCAUCAACGGGGAGUACAUGAGUGACCGCGGCCUGGCCCUCAACGACUGCCACGCGGAGAUCAUCUCCCGCAGGUCCCUGCUGCGCUUCCUGUACACGCAGCUCGAGCUGUACCUCAACAGCAAGGACGACCAGAAACGGUCCAUCUUCCAGAAGUCGGAGCGCGGGGGCUUCCGGCUGAAGGACUCGGUGCAGUUCCACCUGUACAUCAGCACCUCGCCCUGCGGGGACGCCAGGAUCUUCUCGCCGCACGAGCCGAUCCUGGAAGAGCCCGCAGACAGACACCCGAACCGCAAAGCCAGGGGCCAGCUGCGGACCAAGAUCGAGUCGGGGGAGGGCACCAUCCCGGUGCGCUCCAACGCCAGCAUCCAGACCUGGGACGGCGUGCUGCAGGGCGAGCGGCUGCUCACCAUGUCCUGCAGCGACAAGAUGGCCCGGUGGAACGUGGUGGGCGUGCAGGGCUCCCUGCUCAGCAUCUUCGUGGAGCCCAUCUACUUCUCCAGCAUCAUCCUGGGCAGCCUCUACCACGGCGACCACCUGUCGCGCGCCAUGUACCAGCGCAUCUCCAGCAUCGAGGGCCUGCCGCCCCUCUACACCCUCAACAAGCCCCUGCUCAGCGGCAUCAGCAACGCCGAGGCGCGGCAGCCGGGGAAGGCGCCCAACUUCAGCGUCAACUGGACGGUGGGCGACUCGGCCAUCGAGGUCAUCAAUGCCACGACGGGGAAGGACGAGCUGGGCCGAGCCUCCCGCCUGUGUAAGCACGCGUUGUACUGUCGCUGGAUGCGUGUGCACGGCAAGGUCCCCGCCCACCUGCAGCGCUCCAAGAUCGCCAAGCCGCACCUGUACCACGAGUCCAAGCUGGUGGCCCGCGAGUACCAGGCGGCCAAGGCCUGCCUGUUCAGGGCCUUCAUCAAGGCGGGGCUGGGCGCCUGGGUGGAGAAGCCCAACGAGCAGGACCAGUUCGCCCCGACGCCCUGAUGGGCCACCAGGACUUCUCGCUGGGCCGGGCAUGUCGAGGGCUCCCGCCGAAGGGGGCUGGGGUGCCGCGGGGCCUCGCUCUCUGCGGCUGCAGCCCCCGAAUUAGCAGCAGCUGCUUCCAGCCUCAGUUCACGUCUAGAAACCGAGUUCUACUGAGUAGGGCUUCCUCGCGUUAGCAAAGUAGACUUUGUGUGAAACCCUCGAAUAAAUAAUUUA